AUGGUUUGGGAGAUGGAGACUGAUAAUAUUGAAGACAUGGACAUGGAAGUCCUCCCUUCUAUGUGGCCUGAAGAUAUUGGAGCUGAUGCAGGGAAGCAAUUCAACAUAGACAAGCCAGGACAAGAUCAAGACAUGUUGGAGGAGGUCACAUUUAUAGAGGAACCAACUAUAGUAGAUUUCAAGCGUCUCUUGGAGCUAACCAACUAUACCGACAAGGGCUCUUCUCAACUAGCAUUCCUUGUAAAACACUGGGAGUAUAAGCAGGCAAAUGCCGUGAGGCUUCUCAGAGAAGAACUAGACAUCCUAAGCAAGCAAAGACAGGAAGUUGAGCUCAAGAAGUUGGAGAUAUUGGAAGAGCACCGGUUCGAGGAAGAAAGUUAUGGCGGAGACAAGCGCCCCAUUUCAAUUUUGGAUGAGGUUUAUGAUAUAUGGCUGGAUAUUGCUCCGAAGAAACAUGAUGUUGUUGUUCAGAGCAAGAGAGUUGAGAUUGAAGCUGAGUACGAUACUGUUGUGUUCUGGAAGCAGAGAGCAAUGCAUUUGGAGAAGUUGUUGGGGGCAAGUGCAGAGAGAGAGCAGAUGCUUGUGGAUAAAUUGCAGGAAAGCAUUCAAAGUCUUGAAAGGCAGUCAUCACCAGUGGAAGAAUUGUCCCAGAUUUUGAAAAGAGCAGAUAAUUUCUUGCAUUUUGUACUUCAGAAUGCACCUGUUGUUAUUGGCCAUCAGGAUAAGGAAUUGCGGUAUCGGUUUAUCUAUAAUCACUUCCCAAGUUUGCAAGAGGAGGACAUUAUAGGAAGAACAGAUGUUGAGAUUUUUACCGGGGCAGGCGUUAAGGAAUCUCAAGACUUCAAGAAGGAAGUUCUGGAAAAGGGGUUACCUGCAAAAAGGGAGAUUACAUUUGAGACACCAUUAUUUGGGUCAAAAACAUUUUUGAUAUAUGUGGAGCCUGUCUUCAGCAAGGCAGGAGAGACAAUUGGUAUAAAUUACAUGGGGAUGGAUGUAACUGAUCAGGUGAGGAAAAGAGAAAAGAUGGCAAAGCUUAGGGAGGAAAUCGCUGUCCAAAAAGCCAAGGAAACAGAACUGAACAAAACAAUUCACAUCACAGAGGAGACAAUGCGAGCAAAGCAAAUGCUGGCAACAAUGUCUCAUGAGAUAAGAUCACCUCUUUCCGGGGUUGUGAGCAUGGCUGAGAUACUUACCACCACGAAACUUGAUCGAGAGCAACGACAGCUUUUGGAUGUCAUGUUAUCUUCAGGAGAUUUGGUCCUUCAACUGAUAAACGACAUCCUUGACCUUUCCAAGGUGGAGUCAGGAGUAAUGAAGUUGGAAGCUACCAAGUUCCGGCCAAGAGAAGUAGUGAAGCAUGUACUACAGACUGCAGCCGCAUCAUUGCAGAAAAUAUUGACCUUGGAAGGACAUGUAGUGGAGGAUGUUCCUGUGGAGGUCAUUGGAGAUGUUCUAAGGAUUCGUCAAAUCCUCACCAACUUGAUCAGCAAUGCAAUCAAAUUUACUCAUGAAGGGAAAGUUGGGAUAAGACUUUACGUGGUAUCAGAUCCAUCUUUGGAAGAGGUCUCAAUGGACGCAGAUCAAGAGGAGGAACCUCAAACCACAACAGUUUGGUUGCGCUGUGAUGUAUAUGAUACAGGAAUUGGAAUACCAGAAAAUGCUUUACCUUCUCUGUUUAAAAGAUACAUGCAAGUCAGUGCUGAUCAUGCUCGAAAAUACGGAGGCACGGGAUUAGGACUAGCAAUAUGCAAACAAUUGGUUGAGCUAAUGGGGGGUCAACUCACAGUGUCUAGCCAAGAACACUGCGGGUCUACAUUUACAUUUGUACUCCCGUACAAGGUUUCAACGUCGUCUGACCAUUCAGAUGAUCCUGACGAAGUCGUGGAUAUGGCUAAUCAUGAUGCUGCAACUGAUGAAGUAGCCGAGAGCUUUUUCCAGUUCCAACCACGCACUUUGGGGUCUCUGUUUUCUUCUAAUGGAUCCAGCAGGACCCAAAAGUUGUUACCACACAAGAUCGGUUUUAGUGGCUCACAUAAACUCAAUGGGUUCUCACAAAAUUCAUACUCAUUUCCCCAAAAUAACAUCAUACCAGAGGAGAUGGCUUCAGUUGAAAAUGGCUGUUCAGCAAUUGAUGUUGCUGAGACAUUAUCUGAACCAGAGAGUUCAGCGAGUCACAUCCCCAAUCAUAACUAUGACACAAAUAAUCAAUUCCAAGAUUCUAGAAAUACAGACUCAAGUUAUCACGCAGAGCCAAGCAGAGAAGUUUCUGUUGCGGCAAAGAUAAGAGAACCCCAAGGAACAUGUAAGAGGCAGGAGAAAUCCAAUGCAGACUCGGAGAGUACUUCAUCAAAAAUACCAAAAUCAACAUCGAAACCUAAGAUUCUUCUUGUUGAGGACAACAAAAUUAAUGUUAUGGUGACGCAAAACAUGAUGAAGCGGUUAGGCCAUAGCAUUGAUGUUGUGAAUAACGGAAUUGAAGCUGUGCGAGCAGUUCAACACUGUAGUUACAAUCUCAUUCUGAUGGAUGUUCACAUGCCCGUUAUGGAUGGCCUACAAACUACAAGAAUAAUACGUUCCUUUGAAGAAACUGGCAACUGGGAUGCUGCUGAGAAAGCAGGAAUUGAGCUAACCGUGCCUUCCCAAGAUGCAUUACAAAAUGGUCAUGGUUAUACGCCUUCGGGAAACCGAAUUCCAAUCAUUGCGAUGACAGCAAAUGCAUUUUCAGAGAGCGCAGACGAGUGUUUUGCAAGUGGGAUGGACUCAUUUGUGCCGAAGCCCAUAACAUUCCAAAAAAUUAAAGAGCGUCUUGAACAAUACCUACCCGAUUGAGAUAAAACAUCUGUUGUUAAAUUUAUG